AUGGACGAUCUUAUUCCCCCCUCUGAUGCCCUUCAAAUUGAUGCGUUGAAUGAUGUGGAACAGGGGAAUGAGGAGGGACUUCUACCAGAUACAGAGAUGCAAGAGACAACCACCGGUAAAGAAUUGAUGUUAAUGGAGGAAUACAACCUGCUUGGGGAGGAGCAUGAAGAUCAAGAACAAGCAGAUCAAUUACAUGGUGUUAAUCAAGAGGCUGAGAAAAAAAAUGAGAAAGAUUAUGCUGUGGAAGACUCAGCACAAAAGGCUUUGACACGGAGUGUGGCACGCUCUUUGUUUACAAGCUCUCAAGUAUCUCAAGAACGCCGUGCAUCGCCUCGCCUCAAUGAGAAUCAUUCAAGUAAUGUAGUAGGAACAACACGGGGAAGAGGAGGCAGAAAAAGAACCACGACAUGCUUGUGA